AUGGAGACGAAGAACAUUUCUCUUCGGCAUCUCCUACUUCCCUUACUAAUCCUCCAAUCGGUAGCAGCACUCUCUGUCGAACGUCCUCAAAACGGCGUCGACUUGAUAACUCAAGUCUGCAAGAAAACAAACUUCUACCAACUUUGCAUGAAGUCUCUUCAAUCAGAUCCUCGGAGCUCAACCGCCGACGUAAACGGCCUCGCAGGAAUAUCCCUGGACUUAGUCACGAAGAAAUCGAACGAGACGUUUACGUACGCUCUGGAGCUUUUCAAGAACGUGAGAGAUCCACUUCUGUACCAGUACUACGGGACUUGCGUUGAAGAGUACGGCGCGGCGGUGACGAGGCAUCUGCCGGCGGCCAUCGAAGCUCUGAACAAAUCGCACGAGUACGCCGUGGCAGGAGACGAAGCAAAGGCUGUGGCGAAUAAUGCGAAUGUGUGCGAAGAGCAGUUCACCUUGACGCCGAUGCCUCGAAAGUCGCCGUUUAGCAGUCGGAGUGAAGUAGUUCAUGAUCUCUCCCUGGUGGCAGCCAGUAUUAUUAGUCAGUUGAAGAGUUGA